GAGGCGGAGCUACGCCGGGUUCCGUGUGUCUAUGUCAAUGUGUCUGUCCUUCACUCCUCCAUUGUCUGCCUCCGCCGCUGCAGCCUCCGCCGCCACUGCCGCUGCAGGACCCGCCGCAGCCGCCAGCCCCGCGCGUCGUCGCUCCCUCCCUGGACAGUAAUUUUAUGAAUAAGCAUCAGAAGCCAGUGCUAACAGGCCAGCGGUUCAAAACUCGGAAAAGGGAUGAAAAAGAGAAAUUCGAACCCACAGUCUUCAGGGAUACACUUGUCCAAGGGCUUAAUGAAGCUGGUGAUGACCUUGAAGCUGUAGCCAAAUUUUUGGAUUCUACGGGCUCAAGAUUAGAUUAUCGUCGCUAUGCAGACACACUCUUUGAUAUCCUGGUGGCUGGCAGUAUGCUUGCCCCUGGAGGAACACGCAUAGAUGAUGGUGACAAGACCAAGAUGACCAACCACUGUGUGUUCUCCGCAAGUGAAGAUCACGAAACCAUCCGAAACUAUGCUCAGGUCUUCAAUAAACUCAUCAGGAGAUACAAGUAUUUGGAAAAGGCAUUUGAAGAUGAAAUGAAAAAGCUUCUCCUCUUCCUUAAAGCCUUUUCUGAAACGGAGCAGACAAAGUUGGCAAUGCUGUCUGGGAUCCUGCUGGGCAAUGGCACCCUUCCAGCCACCAUCCUCACCAGUCUCUUCACUGACAGCUUAGUCAAAGAAGGCAUUGCAGCCUCAUUUGCUGUCAAACUUUUCAAAGCCUGGAUGGCAGAAAAAGACGCCAAUUCUGUUACCUCUUCCUUGAGAAAAGCCAACUUAGACAAGAGGCUGCUCGAACUCUUCCCAGUGAACAGACAGAGUGUGGAUCAUUUUGCUAAAUACUUCACUGAUGCAGGGCUGAAGGAGCUAUCAGACUUUCUCCGAGUCCAGCAGUCACUGGGCACCAGGAAGGAACUGCAGAAGGAACUGCAAGAGCGGCUGUCCCAGGAAUGCCCGAUCAAGGAGGUGGUGCUCUAUGUCAAGGAAGAAAUGAAAAGGAAUGAUCUUCCUGAGACAGCCGUGAUUGGGCUUCUGUGGACCUGUAUCAUGAACGCUGUUGAAUGGAACAAGAAGGAAGAACUCGUUGCGGAGCAAGCUCUUAAACACCUGAAGCAAUACGCUCCCCUACUGGCUGUGUUCAGCUCCCAAGGCCAGUCUGAGCUGAUCCUCCUCCAGAAGGUUCAGGAAUACUGCUAUGACAACAUCCACUUCAUGAAAGCCUUCCAGAAGAUUGUGGUCCUCUUUUAUAAAGCCGAUGUUCUGAGUGAAGAAGCAAUAUUGAAGUGGUAUAAAGAGGCGCAUGCUGCCAAAGGCAAAAGUGUCUUUCUGGACCAGAUGAAAAAAUUUGUGGAGUGGUUACAAAACGCAGAAGAAGAAUCUGAGUCGGACGGUGAAGAGAACUAAAUGGCUCAAGAAGCACACGGCCCGACCCACGCUUGGGAAAGCAAACCUUUUGGAAGAGAACUUGGCUUCUGUUUUCACAAAGGAAAUAAACAAUAGGCUAGGCCUCCUGGUGCAGAGGCGAAGUGGUUUUCAUUUUUGUUUUGUUUUAAAUGGAGCCCUGAGGCAUCAGCUAAUACACUCGGGACUCUACCUCUCACUGUAUGCUAACUAAAGCCAUUCAACAAGGGGUCAAGUAGAACCUGAAAUUUAAUACUCAGCAGACUCCUUUUUUAGCCCUAUUUUCGGGUACUGUGUGAACGCUCCACUUGUGUCUGUGUUACUGGGCCACUUUGGUAGUUGUGUUUCUGCUUGUGUAUGUGAUUUGACAAACCAGUUUUUUAAAAUAAAUGGCUUUUUAAAAAUCCUU